AUGGCGCAGGCAGAUCUUGAGGACCAGCCGGCUCGCACGAUCAAUACCUGUGCAUCUAACAAGACAGCACAUCCAGGUCAGAUCAUCCGUGACAAUACCCAGAAACACCGCUCAUCAGCAGAGGUGCGAGCCGCGAACAACGCAAAAAAGGCUGACAAGCUUAUGAAAAGUUUAAUCGACGACCAGGCACAUCACAAUGCCCUGGACAAAAUCGCAGAGGAAGAGGAGUGCUUGUUUCUCGAGGAUUUUGCAAGGCGCUGUGUUGCCGAGUGUCCAGACAUCGAUGUUGGUGGAGAGUCUGGUACCAAUAGGGAUGUGUCAAUCAUUGACGACAUCCGAAAGUUCCAGUUGUCCAAGCAUGCUAUGAAGGCUAGCAAGCCUAAAAAAGUCACCAGCAGAGUGGUGAAUGUAUCUGAUGGCAAAGAAGGGGGCGCGAGCAUGAGUGAGGGCCCAUCACUUCCAGACAUCAAUGCUCCAGACUUCACAUGGGAGGAUGUCGAAGUCCAGGAAGUAGAUUCUGUCACUGUUGUCGAUGUAUCAGAUACAGAUUCCCAAGACCAUGAGUAUCAGCCUACCAGAGACGAAGAGCGGAGUGACGUUGAAGAUAUGGAUGUGAUCGCGAUUCCGGAGAAGAAAACUAGCUCGACCUCAAAGGGCAAAGCAGCUCAGGCUACCAGCGGGAAAAGGGAGCGAGGGGUCGUUCAAGCAGAUGUACUUGCUCAACGUGAGAGGCUGAGAGAGGCCAUGUUGGUGGGAACAAAACGGAAAGCUCAAGGCGCUUCAACUGGUGGGAGUAUCAAAGACCAUGAAAGCGGCAAGCACGCCAAAACCACAGGGCUAGGUGGACUUAGAAAGGACUGGCACCCACCCAAUCAGUUGAAGCCUGAGCAACGAAGCUCUGCUUCCCAUGCCACCAGCCGUGAACUUCCCACCAACUUGAACAAUGGCCUGAGUGACCACGACGACAAUGUUCAGACGGAUGGGGAGUGGGAUGCUGAUGAAACCACCGACAUGCUCGAAGCCGUUCGCACUAGCAAGACCGCGACUGUCCGACAAGCAGGGCUGCAAGCAAGUACCCAGGGCCCUGGCAUCUGA